CUGGCCCGCUCUGCCAUGGACCACCAGGAGCCCUACUCGGUGCAAGCCACCGCGGCCAUCGCGGCGGUCAUCACCUUCCUCAUUCUCUUCACCAUCUUCGGCAACGCGCUAGUCAUCCUGGCGGUGCUGACCAGCCGCUCCCUGCGCGCUCCGCAGAACCUGUUCCUGGUGUCGUUGGCCGCUGCUGACAUCCUGGUGGCCACGCUCAUCAUCCCUUUUUCGCUGGCCAACGAGCUGCUGGGCUACUGGUACUUCCGGCGAAUGUGGUGCGAGGUGUACCUGGCUCUCGAUGUGCUCUUCUGUACUUCGUCCAUCGUGCACCUGUGCGCCAUCAGCCUGGACCGCUACUGGGCGGUAAGCCGCGCUCUGGAGUACAACUCCAAGCGUACCCCACGCCGCAUCAAGUGCAUCAUCCUCACCGUGUGGCUCAUCGCCGCUGUCAUCUCGUUGCCGCCCCUCGUCUACAAGGGCGACCCAGGUCCUCAGCCCCGCGGGCGCCCACAGUGCAAGCUCAACCAAGAGGCCUGGUACAUCUUGGCCUCCAGCAUCGGGUCCUUCUUCGCACCCUGCCUCAUCAUGAUCCUCGUCUACCUGCGCAUCUACGUGAUUGCUAAACGCAGCCACCGCAGAGGUCCCAGGGCCAAGAGGGGACCCAGGGAUGGUGAACCUAGACAGCCCCGCUUUGUCCCUGGGGAAGCCUCUGCCAAACUGCCAAGCCUGGCCUCCCAUUCGGCUGCUUCUGGAGAGGCCAAUGGACACUCUAAGCCAACUGGGGAAAAAGAGCAUGGAGGGACCCCCGAAGAUCCUGAGAACCCAGUCUUGCCACCCAAUUGGCCUGCCCUUCCCCAUGCAGGCCAGGGGCUGAAGGAAGGCGUUUGUGAGGCAUUUCCAGAGGAGGAUGUUGGAGAGGAGGAGGAAGAGGAGGAGGACGACCAGUGUGAGCCUCAGGCCUUGCCAGCGUCCCCUGCCUCAGCUUGCAGUCCACCCCUGCAGCAGCCACAGGGCUCCCAAGUGCUGGCCACCCUCCGUGGCCAGGUGCUCCUGAGCAGGGGAGUGGGUGCUGCAGGUGGACGGUGGUGGCGUAAGCGGGCUCAGCUGACCCGGGAGAAACGGUUCACCUUUGUGCUGGCCGUGGUCAUAGGCGUCUUUGUGCUCUGCUGGUUCCCUUUCUUCUUCAGCUACAGUCUGGGUGCCAUCUGCCCACAGCACUGCAAGGUGCCCCAUGGCCUUUUCCAGUUCUUCUUCUGGAUUGGCUACUGCAACAGCUCGCUGAAUCCUGUCAUCUACACCAUCUUCAACCAGGACUUCCGCCGUGCCUUCCGAAGGAUCCUUUGCCGCCAGUGGACCCAGACGGCCUGGUGAGCCGCCUGCCUGCUGCCCUGGUGGGGUUGGUGCCAGGUAGCACCAGGGCCACACUGAUUCCUACCCUGUUUUAUGUGGCCACUUCCCUGGGGCUGUUUGGUCUCUGCCCAGGUACUACAGGCC